CGUUUCGUUUCGCAGGGUCGCGUUUUAGUUUGGCUGUUGCAGUGAACGCCACUCGACUGAUUGGCGCCUGUGGCCGUCUGUCUGAAUUUUAACAGAAGUGCAGAACUGCAAAGCCUCGGCUUCUUCUCUCUCAAUCUCUCGCCGGAGAAAUUUCAGGUAGCUGACACUUGGAAUUAUGGCCAGGUCGUUUUCGAGCUCCGGUAGCUUGUUCAGGCUUCCAGGCCUUCUCAGGCAGCUGGAGCAAGAGGUGGAAACGGUGGUCAAGGUGCUGCAGCCUGGGCCACUCGGGAUAAUCGAGCACAAAUUCUCAAACGAGGAGAUACGCGAAGCAGAUGCUGCUGUCCGACGGGCCGUCGAGAACUGGCGAAGGAAUGCUAACCUUGAGCAGAACAUUCUCAAGGAUUUUAUUCAGAAAUGAUUUAUCCUUGCGUAGUUGUUUUCUGUAAGCUCUUGUCAGUGUCUCUGUUUGAUUACUUCGCAGUCUUGAUUCUCGUCUAAGAAAUUCAAUAGUUGUCAGCAAAAAAAAUAUGUGUGGUGAAUUGGUGAUGCAUGCAAAUCCUGGAAUUCUCGUCUAUUGACGGUUUUGUGUACGCUUGUGAAUGACAAAGUUGAAUCCUUAAUGGAUUUAUGUUAAUGGAGUAAUUCUCAGAUCUUUUGUUCUUCUGGGUCAUCAUUUUUGCUGGGAUGCUGAUGUUUCCAUUCUCCCUAAACUAUAGACGAUGGUUUAUUCUGUUGCUUCCAUCAAUUGAAUAUCCAUAGCAAAGAGGGACUUGGGGAAAAAAAUGAAGAAGAAGAGAGACAAGAAAAGUAGGGUGUUUUUCUUUUUGUGUGUGAUGGGGGUGGGUGGUUGCUAGUGCUCAUUGUUUUGCAUCUACAGAAUCGAACAGAUGUUUCUCAAUACAGUGGUCUUUGUGGGAUGCUUAGAAACAUGAGGAAAUCAGCUCAAAUAAAGCCAGAGUUGGCUGAGAAUGACAUGACAGACAUUGGGAAUUUCUUAUCACAUAAUUUUGCAGGUGGAUGAUUGCAUCUGGGAUAUGUGAUAUCUGUACAUACACCCAAGCAAGAUAAGAUGUAGUCUUUACUUUGUUCUCAUUGCUUUUAUGCUGGAGUGUUUUAUCUUUUUUCUUUUGGUGUGUACUUGUUGUUAACACCCGAAAAUGAUUGUGCGAGUGACACGUUCGUUUGAUGCGGUUGCUUGCCUUUGCCAACUGAUCCCUCUUCCAUCGAGGAACAAGAAUAUAUAUAUGGAUUAGGAAGUUUCAUUAUCAUCAUCAAUCAUUCUUCAUUCUUUGCUUCACAACUUGCUCAGUGUCUCGUUAGCUUUAAUUCAAUUACCCGUCAAAAGUUGCAUUUCUGUGCUUUAGUUUUAUUCUUCAUCAGGAUAGUAGCAGUAAUUAUCUUAGAAUGUAGGCUGAUUUGUGGAUAUCAUUGCACCCAUAUAGAUAUUCUAGCUGGCUUGCCUUCUGACGAUCGGUUACAAAGUAGCUCUUCCAUUAUCUGCAGCCAGAUAUCUUGUUUAUUUGAUAUUUUAUCUGUUACAGUAGAAAAUAUUACAGUGUGUUUAUUGAACAGAGAAGAUCACAGUCCUGCCAUCCUGAAAAAAGACAGUUCAAAGAGCAGAGCCUCGGUAUGGAACUAAACCCAGGCUCUUUAUCAUCCCUUUGCUUAUUUAACGCUUUUGUUGAACUCACGAGACAGAAUUAUGAUAUAAAUUCUUUUUCUCCAGAAUUUAAGAAUCUACUUCAAAGCCACAUGGCACCAGCUUCCAUGAGCAUUGGAACAAGUCGGUUCUGGAGGUGGAGGUUCAUCACCUGCUUCUCACUGCCGAUCAACUUUUGACCGAUGAAGACAGCUGGCACACUGGGUCGGCAACCCAGCUGGACCAGUGCCCCCUCGAUCUGGGAACCAUUGGAGAUUUGAUCCAGCUCGUAGAUUUGUGGGUUCGCUCCGAACCCAGAGACGAGUGUAGUGAUGGAAUGGCUCAUGCAGCAAGAGCUCUUAGUGAAGAUUACCAGUGGAGAAGAGCAUUAACCCCACACCAGGCCAGCUUCCUUCGAAAUGUGAGCAUAGUUCCCAGUCGAUCGGAGAGCAGUGUAGAAGUCCUACUCGACGUUGGACUGGGAGCAGAAGUUUGCUGGAAAGAAUCCCAGAUGAUCAUAAUGGGAUGAGAGACGCAAAAAGCAUGCCGAAAGCUCGAUGGCGCCUUUCAAAAAGAUGAAAUUUGGAAGACGGGGAAAAUAUCCACCGGCAUGCAUAUGGAUUAUGGACAGGGAUGAGAACCCAAUUCAUGUCCAACAAGUGUUCAACGACGUACACAUUUUAUUGGACAUGCGUGUUCAGCCCCUCCUCAAUGAAUUAGUUCCAUUAUCUCUUUAGCAAUUUAUAUACCAUAUAUGGUCACUUCUAUGUCACCGAGUUCGGCUAUGGUGUUGAUGGGGGAAAAAAUGUGGGUAUGCGAUAUGACUUUUAUCAAAGUGAUUGCUGUUUCCAUGUUUAACAGAAAGAGAGUGUUUGAUGUAUGUGGAAUCUGUGUUAAGUUGCACUAAUUUUAUCAAGAUUUCUUCAGAGAUCUGAUGCUAGAAGUAUAAUUGAUUAUGGAGGACUCUUAAUGAAAGGAGUGCUCUUAUAGAGGAAAAAUAAUAAAGGGUUAAUAUAUUUGUAUGAUCCGAAU